AUGGUCACAUUAUUCCAUGACAUGAUGCACAAGAAAAUCGAAGUAUACGUCGACGACAUGAUUGCAAAAUCGAGACGUGGUGAAGAUCACGUUAAAGUCUUGCGAAGGUUAUUCGAAUGUCUUCAGAAGUUCAAGUUGCGCCUCAACCCCGCAAAAUGCAUUUUUGGAGCGAAAUCUGGGAAACUAUUAGGAUUCAUGGUUAGUAGUAGGGGCAUAGAGAUUGAUCCAUCGAAGUGCGGCAAGACACUUCAUCACCGAAUCUUGUUGGUGACCGAAAAUGAUCCUAUCAGGUAUCUCCUAGAGAAGCCGGCGCUGGUUGGCGAGUUGGCCAAGUGGCAAAUCUUAAUUUCUGAGUUUGACGUUCAGAGCCUGGGACAGAAGUCCGUUAAAGGUCAAGCCAUAGCAGAUAUGUUGGCAGAAAAUUUCGAGAGGUCCAAAGCAUCUGAUGGGGAUAGUGAUGCAGAAGAGCGAAUUUUACUUGUAUCAACCGACAAAUGGACGAUGUACUUUGAUGGUGCGGUUAACUUAGCCGGGUCGGGUACUGGGGCAAUUCUUAUCUCCCCGGAUGGACAACAUUACCCCGUCGCUGCUAAAUUGACGUUCCCUUGUACGAAUAACAUCGCUGAAUACGAAGCAUGCAUUCUCGGCCUCCAAGCCGACAUUGAUAUGAAAAUUCGGAAGCUACAAGUUUAUGGUGAUUCAACCCUUAUCAUCUUACAGACUGAAGGCAAAUGGCGAACACAUGAUUCUAAAUUGAUCCCGUAUCAUGAGUUCCUUGGAGAGUUGACGAAAGAAUUCCAAGAAAUAUCAUUCGAAUACUUACCAAGAUCUCAAAAUCAGUUCGCCGAUGCCCUAGCUACCUUGUCUUCGAUGUUGCAAGUAGCUGGAGGCUUGGACAUUGAACCGUUGAGAAUUGAAAUCGUCAGGCGCCCGGCUUAUUGCAUGACGGUUGAAGAGGAACUGGACGGACAACCUUGGUAUCAUGACAUCUUGAAGUAUCUGCAGAAGGGUGAAUUCUUCAAAGGAAGUGAAGCGGCAGACAGAAAACAUUUGAUAAAACUGGCAUCAAGAUUCUUCGCUAGUGGAGACGUCCUUUAUAAAAGGUCCUUUGACUCAAUAUUGCUAAGGUGUGUUGAUGCUAAAGAAGCCAACCGUUUGAUGAAAGAGAUACAUGAAGGGGAGUGCGGCCCCCAUAUGAACGGACACUUCUUGGCGAGAAAGAUCAUGCGGCUUGGUUACUAUUGGUUGACCAUGGAGUCCGACUGCAUUCAGCACAGGCAUGAGCAGUUAAACAUGAUCGAUGAGAAGAGAUUGCAAGCUAUGUGUCAUGGUCAGUGCUAUCAGAGACGAGUCGCAAAAGCCUUCAACCGAAAGGUGCGUCCUAGACACUUCGAAGUCAACGACCUGGUGUUGAGGAAGGUGCUUCCGAUCAUACCAGAUCCUCGUGGCAAAUUCACCCCGAACUACGAAGGACCGUAUGUCAUUAAGAAGAUUCUUCCUGGUGGUGCCAUGAUUUUAGUUGAAAUGGAUGGCGUGAAUUGCCUAGACACAAACGCUGAUGCGCCAAGAAGUAUUUUCCAUGAAUGA